UUUUGAAAGUUAGCAGUUUGAAAACGUCGAAUCAAACGAAAAACUUCAAAACAAAAAAUGAAAACUGCACAAAGUUUUGUGAAGCUUCUCAAAAAAAUAUUUAAAAUAAAAAUUUUUGAAAUGGCUUCAUUAAGAAUGGAUGGUCCUCAACCCCAAACAAAGGAUGCAGCUGUGUAUUUAUUUCGUGGUCUUAUAAUAGUUGGAUUUAUGGCACCGAAGAUUUACGUAGUUCCCUUCUUUAUAUGGACGGUAUUUAUCAAUCUAUUUGUUACCGUCUAUAUGCCGAUUGGGUUUUUAUUGAGUUUCUUGACGCGUAUCAGUUCAUUUACGCCCAGUGAAUUUCUAACAUCACUUCAGAUAUCUGUAAAUUGUUUUGGCUGCAGCCUAAAAAUGUUUGUAUUUCUUUUUCUUUAUAAGAGACUUUUAAAGGGCACCAAAUAUAUGGACAAGUUAGAUUUAAGAGUCACGGAAUCUGAAGACAUGGUGCAAAUUCGAAAAAUCGUGGCAUUCUGCAAUCGGUCUCACAUCAUGUUUGCAACGCUCUUUCUAACGUAUGCAAGUAGUACCUUCUUGACAUCAGUAAUAAAUGGAAAACCUCCGUAUCAAGUCUAUAAUCCAUUUAUGGAAUGGACUGAUGCAAAGCGUUAUUUUGUUAUACAGGCUGGUUUGGAAUACUUUAUGAUUGAUUUUCAUUGUUAUCAGCAAGCUCUAUUAGACUCCUAUCCAGUUAUUUAUAUUACAAUUAUACGAACACAUUUGCACAUAUUGACUCGUCGUAUAAGCAAAUUAGGACAAGAUACAAAACUUAGCAGCAAUGAACGGUAUGAGGCACUUAUUCAAUGUAUUUUGGAUCAUAAAAAUAUAAUGGAUCUUUAUAAUGUAUUCUCUCCGGUUAUAUCGGGAACAAUGUUUGUACAAUUUUUGAUUAUUGGUUUGAUUUUGGGUAUUACAACAGUACAUAUUGUACUAUUUGCUGAUGUAUUAGCCAUUAUUGCGUCCAUGUUUUACGUUGCUUCUAUACUCGCCGAAACGUUUCCGUGUAGUUUUUUGGCCAAUUGUUUGAUGGAUGAUAGCGAUAGUAUAGCAUUAGCCAUAUUUCAUUCCGAUUGGCCCAGCGAAGAGCCACGCUACAAACAGGUGAUCGCGUUCUUUUUGCAACACACACAAAAGACAAUGAUCCUUAAUGCAAUGAAAAUAUUUCCAAUAACAAUGAAUUCAAAUAUUAAUGUUGUUAAAUUUGCAUUUUCGGUCUACACAUUGAUGAAGCAAAUGGAUUUUGGUCAAAAUUUAAAGGAGUCAGUGACUGGAGAAAAAUAAAUAAAAAAUUGUUGCUCUCGUAAAGCAAUUAUUAAAUAUCUUUUCACGUUUUAAUUUUUUUCAUAAAUUUCAU